GACACGAAGUAGGGAACACCCAGGCCCCAAAAGUCUCCAAUUGGAGUGACCAACGUGGCAUCCAUCCCACGGUGAUAAAGAUAUUUAUCCGACGGUCACAUCUGGUUAAAUAACUGGCAGCGGAGACAACUGACGUAACCACAAAAUUACAAAUAGAGAUGCACAAUUUUCCAUCUUUUUCCUUCCAGAUUUAAGAGAAAGAAGAGAGAGAGAGUCUUGGGAGAGAAGCAAUGGCCUUAGGUGUACCAGCUGUUCCGUUCACUUUUGUGGUACACGCGCUGGGAUUUUCGGGGCUGGUUUUGGUGUUGGUUUGGACAAUAGAUUUCAGAGGUGGUUUCGCAUGGAAGUCUACCAACAAGAGCCUCAUCUUUAACAUUCAUCCUUUCCUGAUGUUGGUAGGAUUAAUUAUCAUUGGGGGUGAAGCAAUUGUUAGCUAUAAAUCACUUCCUUUGAGGAAAGAUGUGAAGAAGUUGAUACAUCUCGUGCUCCAUGCUAUUGCUCUGAUACUUGGUAUCGUGGGAAUUUGUGCUGCAUUCAAAUACCAUAAUGAGAGCGCAAUUGCUAAUCUCUACAGCUUGCAUUCCUGGCUUGGAAUUGGGAUUAUUGUCCUCUAUGGCAUUCAGUGGAUAUAUGGGUUCGUGAUCUUCUUCUACCCUGGAGCGCCGAUUGGGCUUAGGACCGUGUCUCUUCCUUGGCACGUGGUAUUUGGGAUUCUUGUUUACGUGUUGGCUGUCGGCAACGCUGCAUUAGGGUUCUUAGAGAAGCUUACUUUCCUGGAAAAUUCAGGGCUCGCUAAGUAUGGCUCCGAGGCCUUCCUUGUCAACUUCACUGCCGUUAUUACAGUGCUAUUUGGAGCCUUUGUUGUAUUAUCUGUUCUUUCUCAUGCUCCGGUAGAAGAAGAAGACCAGGGCUAUUCCCCUAUAACAGUCUAAGAUGUUGUUUAAUAUUUGAUGGAUUAUAUUGUAUGGAACAAGGAUAUAUGUUUUACUAUCUCUAUUUUCUGGAUAUAAAUUGUGUCUUGUUUCUUA